AUGGCGCGUUUCCCUGCGUCUUCUGUCCUUUACUCUGUCCUUCUCGCGUCCCUGCUCCCACGCGCCGCAACCCAGACUAUAUCUACCUCGACGCCUGUACCACCACUGCAAUGGAUCAAUCUGAGCAGCCGACUGCAGGGUAGCGACAAUGCCCCGCCACCGCUAAAGGACGCCGCGAUCGGCUACGACGAAACGACCCGGAAUAUCAUCAUCUUCGGUGGAGAGUCAGAGAAUGGCUUCCCUCAGUCUACAACUUACCUUCUCAAUCUGGACUCGCUAACUUGGUCAAAGCCCUCGCCUCCAGACAACUUGAACGAUAGCCCGGAUGCACGGAGUGCUGCUAUCACAGGCUACGACGCAGCUAGUAGCUACCGUAGCGGCUUCGUUGUGAUCGGGGGCAAGUCAAGAGACGGACAAGGCCUCUCGGACGUUUGGGAAUUCGACUUUAACAACCAAUUUUGGGCCCAAGUCAGCGUCUCCGAAGGCGGACCCUCAGGGCGCUGGGGUGCCUCCGGCGGGAUCGACUCUCGCACGGCCAGUGACAGCUUGAACAACACCUUCUAUGUGGCUGGCGGGUACGAUGGUUCGCAGAUCAGCCGGCUGUCGGAAGUUUGGGAGUUGCACAUCUCCGGCGUCCUUUCACCCAACCUUCCAAACGAAGUGUCAGGGAGCUGGUCGCAAGUCUCCGUCGACGACCUGCCGCGCAAGAUCGGUCAAGCUGGCACGGUCAUUGGGCAGACCAUCGUCGCUGUGGGUGGGUGCAACAGCACCUCGACAGACGGCGACUCAUGCGCCGUGGGCGAUUCCUACGUCAUCAGCACUUCGGACGGCCAGGUCAUCUCACCCGGUGCUUGUCCAGCUGGACGACGAGGAGCGUCGCUCGUUCCCAACAUGAACUCGUACUCCAACAGCUUUUCCUCCCAAGUAUUCUAUAUCUUGGGAACAUUCGACUCGUCACGCUGGGAUGACGGCGGCGGGCUAGACAAAGGCGAGGUGUCCGUCCUCGAUACAAACACGGGAACAUGGGCCCGUGUCAUCCCGUCUGGUGACCCUGACUCGGACGAUGCUACGCCCACUCCCCGAGAAGGGGCCGCUGCAAUAACCUACAACAGAGGGCUCGUUGGAAGCCAUCGCAGUCAAUCUGUCGACACUAUUGUGUUCGGUGGGCGUGACGCUUCCGGCAAGUACCUCAACGAAGUGUGGCUGUUAAGGGCGUACGAUGGCUCAGUUUCCUCUUCUGGGUCGUGGUCCGGAGGAAGCGGUGACCUGGAGUCUGGCGCGGACGCGUCAGGUGCCGGCGUGACCGUCAAUUAUAUGGACAAGUGCGCUUCUGCAUUGACGGCUACCAGUUCCGGGACGUCCACCUCUGUAGGCUCAUCCGCGACGCAUAGCUCAUCGCCCACACAAUCGAGCGCGCCCUCAGCCGCAGUAGCGCCGUACCCAUACAACACCUCAGUAAAUCACAAGGUUUUAUCUGCUGUGUCCGUCGUCCUCCUUUACCCCGCUGCUCUCAUCUUCCGCCUAUCUUCUUCAUCAUUCACCGCCUUCGCGCAGCCCGCGCGACAUGUACUGGGCGUCUAUAGUGCCAUGCUGUUGGCGCUCGCCGCAUAUGCUCUGGGUAUCGCCGGCCUCGCGACGUCCUUCACUUCCCUUACUUCCACUUCUUCCUCGGCAACUCUCAGUAGGCGCGACUCGCCCGCACGGACGCAUCUGGAUACCCCUCACGGGCGAGCCGGGCUUGUACUAUUCAUUCUACUCUAUGCGGUUCUGCCUCUACUUUUGCUGGCCCGGCUCGGCAGCCAAAAAUUCCGAAAUCGCUCGGAAAAUCCAGGCUCCGAAUCAGGACAACAAGAGCCCAAGGGCAGCGCGUUGGAGAUGAAGGGCUCGCCGUCAACGCCACCACAACCGCGAGCGCGUAGUCCCACGCAAAGCCUCACCUCGUCAACGGAGCCACGCCCACGGACAAUGUCGCUGCCCCUAUCCGGACCCACUGCUGCAUCUACAGAAAGCAGCGGCGAGGGUGGCAAACGGUCCUUCGAGGUCCUCAACCGAGGACGCGGCCCCUCGCGCCCAGCGACAAGUAUGUCGUAUAGCUCGCCACACGUUCUCUCACGAUCGCUGGGCGAGCUGGAUUGGCUCCAGCGCCGCCGGAGCCUGAACACUGUCGUACGUACAACUUAG